UCAUCUCUCUGAUUGUUAUUAUUGCAGCUCUAACCACGUCAGUUAUUUUACUGGAAAUAUGCGACGCUCGCUAUGGUUUGUCAUUCUGGUCAUCGUCCCAAAUUCGUUCCAGAAUUCCACAGCUCCCAACAAUUUAUCAGAAGAAACCUCUGCGAUGGAUAUUGAAGGUGACGAAAUGCAAACGAGAAUUCUCAACCGAAAACCCAAUCGUUACCCAAGCAAAAUCUACAAAGAAUAUCAAUCAUUAUAUCGACCGCCGUGUUUUGACGUCGCCUGUCCGGUCGACGAUUCGUACCCCAUAGAUUUUGUCUCGUCUGUGGUGGCCAACAAUCUGGCGCUGAUGGAACAACUCCAUUCCAUGCUGUACCGUUAUCCUGCGGAGAAAUUAAUUCUAUUAGAAAAUGCUACAGAUUCUUAUAGGGUUAAAGGUAAUUUUGCGUGCGAGUCGGAUGUAGUUUGGUUAAAACUGGGCUGGGCUCACGACGUCACAGGCCGGAACCUCUUGGUAGUCAACACGCCUCGUUACCCACAGAUUCACCGUCUGGAAACGUGCAGGUACGCUGGUAAACAUUGCGAGUUCUUGCCACCCUGUUACCGAUCGAGGUGUCAGCAAAGAUAUACUCACAAACACAUGAUAGUCAUCGAUCCAGCGCAACUGAGCGGCGGACCCUUUGUCGAUCUGCUCCCGCUGCCUUCAUCCUGUUCUUGUUUCGUCGAAAAUUUCGUUUACUUUUAAAAAUGGGCGUGAUUAUAAUGAUGUUUAUUUUUUUUCUUUCUUCAAUUAUUACGGUGAUGGUUAAAAAAAAAAAGUACGAUGUUUUACCACGGUUUUACAAACAAGAAAAAAAAUAAAUGAAAAAAUAAAUCACGCGGGAAUAUAAUCAAUCGAAACAAAUAGUAUUUCGAUAUCCUUUUUGAUAAAUUGGGAUAAUAGUGCAGCAGCAGCAGCAUCGGCGCAGCCAUUCUUUUACAAAUGCUUUGGUAUUAUUAUUUUUUAAUAUGUACAGGCAUGUAGCGUGCUGGCGGUUAGGAUUGUAUACAAACAUGAUCAAAAAUGACGAAUCGUGGGUGAGAGGAAAAAGGAAAAAAAAAAACAAUCAACGAAACAUUAAUACUUUGCCGUAUUCAUGGUAAUUUUAGUUUUCCAAUUUUCUAGCUGCCGUAGUUCAAUCAUUAAAGAAUUACUCUCAAUUUCUAAAUGGUAAAUUUCAUAAUUUACUAAUUUAGCUGUUGUUUCGCUUGAUUGGUUAGUUUUUAAAUUACUGUACAAUUCUCUGGCGAUCUGUAUCAGGAAUAUAAGGGGUGCAAGCUGCUUCUAAUGUUAUCAAGGUGCUGCUGUGUGCUUCGCAACGAUCAGAGAGUCAUUUGAUUUUUCUUCCUUGAUUGAUUGGAUUUAAGG